AUGGUCAACGAAGGGUGGAGAAGAUUAUUUGUUUUGAUUUUUAUCAUUUCCCAUUUUAUGAUAUUCGUGUUUGCAUUUCUAAAUUACCAACUAAAGGACAACCUUACCGGGGCGAGAGGGAUUUUUGGCCUUACAUAUGCUAUUGCUCGAUCAGCUGCUCUGGUUCUACAUUUCGAUGCGGCCCUAAUUCUCUUCCCUGUUUGUCGGACACUCAUAUCGCUGGCCAGGCAGACUCCGCUGAACGGUAUUAUUCAGUUUGAUAAAAAUAUUACAUUUCACAAACUUGUCGGAUGGUCUAUAUUUUUCUUCUCAUGGCUCCAUACAAUCGCUCACUGGAAUAACCUCGCCCAGCUUGCAGCCAAACAAAAACUUGGUUUCAAGGGUUUCAUACUUGCCAACUUGGCUAGUGGUCCUGGCUGGUCAGGGUAUGUUAUGCUCAUUUCCCUAACAGCCAUCGUCGUAACUGCGAUGGAGAAACCACGCCGGGCAAAUUUCGAACGUUUCUGGUACACGCAUCAUCUAUUUGUGAUAUUCUUCGUUUUCUGGGCGGUUCAUGGUGCAUUUUGCAUGAUCAAGCCCGAUUUCCCCCCAUUUUGCAACGGCAUAGGCGUAUUCUGGCUCUUUUGGAUGUAUGGGGGAGCCGUCUAUCUCCUCGAGCGUAUCAUGCGAGAAAUCCGUGGACGCCAUAAGACGUAUAUCUCGAAGGUCGUCCAGCAUCCAAAUAACGUUUGCGAAAUUCAAAUCAAAAAGGAGAACACAAAAACGAGGGCUGGACAGUAUAUCUUCUUAUGUUGUCCGGAGAUAUCUGUCUGGCAAUAUCACCCAUUCACUCUCACGAGUGCUCCCGAGGAGGACUUUAUCUCAGUACACAUCCGUUGUGUGGGUGAUUUCACUAAAGCUCUCGCAAAAUGUCUCGGCUGCGAUUUUGAAAUCAGCAGCGGAGCGAAACCCAAAGCGGGCAUCUCGGCAGUCGUGGGCGUUGGCACAGAGACCCCGGACGACGAUGUAGAUCCAAAAAUACGUCGAAUUUUACCUAGAGUGUAUAUAGACGGCCCGUUCGGAAGCGCGUCUGAAGACGUAUUUAAAUACGAAAUAGCAGUUCUUGUAGGCGCGGGCAUUGGUGUCACGCCCUUCGCCUCGAUCCUGAAGAGCAUCUGGUACCGCAUGAACUAUCCCCAGAAGAAGACCAGACUAAGCAAAGUAUAUUUCUUCUGGGUGUGCAGAGAUUUCGGCUCGUUCGAGUGGUUUCGAUCUCUCCUGCUGGCCAUCGAAGCACAGGAUAUGGCUAACCAUAUUGAAAUUCAUACUUACCUUACCGCCCGAAUUAAGGUCGACGACGCCACCAAUAUUAUGAUAAACGAUGCAAAUGCAGAGCAAGACACCAUCACCGGACUGCGGUCUCCGACAAACUUUCGGCCGUCCAAACUGGGGACAUGGUCUUCCGCUCGAUUCGCAAGAUCCACGCCCCAGCUGAGGCGGAGUUUUCUUUUGUGGGCCUAA